AUGGAGUCCCAGGGAGCUCCAGGAGCUUCGCAGCAGCCACGGAGCCGCAAGCGCCAGCGCACCUCCAGGGUGCCGGAAGCCGGAAAUACUGCCUCUCCAGCACUCACCCCUGUCAGCCAGCUCCCCCAGGGCUGGGGGGCUGCCAUGGCAAACAGCAACCACCCCCAGGCCGUGCGCAGCCAUGUCAUUGACACCGUGCCAAUUCAGUCCAGCUUCUCGUCACAGCAGCUCGACAGAUCCCAUGAGCCAGACGGCUUGAUGAACAGCUACAGCAACCAACAUCAUAAUGCCCAUUCCCAGUACCCCGAUCCCCAACCCACCCUCGCCUCCGCCCCGCAUCCCGACACGUCUGGUCUGAGCAGUCUGAGCAACCUAGCCGGCGAGCAGCACCAGCAUCACGGCCAGCACCAACAACAGCACCCUCACCAGCAGCACGCCCACCACCAUCACCCUUCCCAGCAGGCGCAACAGCAGCAGCAGCAGCAGCAGCAGUCGCAACAGCAAUCCCAACCCCAACAACAACAGCCGACCCAGCACCAACACCAACAGCAGCAGCAGCAGCAGCAGCAGCGCCCUAGUAUCAGCGUGAACCCAUCAGCAGCCAAGCCUGACAGCCGCGCUCUCUUCCAGCAGCAAUACGGCGGUGUUAAGCACACCGCUGGUGAUUCCCCUCCCGCAAACGUGGCGAACCCAACCUCCGCCGGUCCUUCCUACUCGAAUCUGCCGGUCUGGCACGGCACGCCCACUCCCACCGGCUCGUCGCAACCCGCGCCUCAGCUUGGCUCGGCCUCCUCGAUGCCACCGCAGUCGCCAGUACCAGGCAUUCCUGGCGGAGGUGGCCUGGGCCCGCCUCCAGAAAGCAUAUAUCAGACUUUCGACGAGCUGCUUGCCGCAGUACAGCGCCAUGCGAAGGAGCAAGGUUAUUCCAUUGUGAAGCUACGCGCCAGCAACUACCGCGAUGGUAAGCCGACGCGCUACGACCUUGUAUGCGAUCGCGGCGGAGUCAAGUACAACAGCACGGCCAAGAAGCGCAACCCAAGCACGCGCAAGGUUGAUUGCCCAUGGCGGGCCAAGGCCGUGUGCGAGGUCAACUUGGGCAAUCAGUGGAGGUUCGUUGUCCAGGAGGUCCGGCAUAACCAUGAGGCGCGUGUUGCUGCGGCUCAACCGGGACAAGAAAACACACCUGUCGCGCAAAGUAUCCGCAGCCUCAAUCAUAAAAUCGACCGCAUCUCCCAUGAGAUGAGCCAGGGUUUCAGUCGAUUGGAACAGGUCGUUGUGCAGCGCUUGGACAACAUGGAGAAGCGAUUAGAAGCUCUUGAGACAGGUCGACCAGCAAUGCUCGGAAAUGGUGGUGUACCGUCCAUGGGAACACCAAGCAUGCCAACUGCUAAUAUGGGCGGCGGCAAUAUGGGCAAUGCCCCGAUGACGAACGGAGGUAUGCAGCCGCUUGUGGAUAGUAGGAUGGGGGCACUGGAAAGCCGCUUGACUCAGAUCGAAAUGAUGGAAGAAGAUCCAUCACGCCUCUCGCUCAUGGUCAACACCUAG